AUGGACUUAGAGAUUAGUGAGCCAGGAGACUUUAGCUCUGGAGACCAUCUAUACCUGGUGCAGAAAGCAGCAGACCGUGUAAACGUCGAGUCCCAAGCUGAUCAACUUCCCAAAUCUUCUCCUGACCCAAAAAAACAUACUGAGAAUCCUGAACCAAUGGCUGGGGAGCGAUCAAAGGACUACGUGGUCCAAAUUUCAGAGGACAGCACAACAGAGGACAGCAGUACACCACCACCCAACCCAUUCUCAGAUAAAUCUAUCCGCAGAGCUUUCCUUAGGAAAGUGUUCCUCCUGCUGACUGGGCAGUUGCUUAUCACCGGGGCAAUUAUCAGUGUGUUUAUUUUUUGGCAAGCUUUAAGAGUGUGGAUACUCCUGCAUCCCUGGUUCAACUAUGCACUUUUACCAGCAUUUUUUGUUGUACUUUUGAUCCUGGCUUGCUGUGGGGAGCUCCGUCGUCAAGUGCCUAUAAAUUACAUUCUCCUGGCAUUGUUUACAAUUCUUCAAGGUCUUCUGCUUGGAACUGUAUCAGUCUUCUACAAUGCUGAAGAAGUGUUAUGGGCAGUAGGAGCCACUGCUUUGGUGACAUUAGCGCUCACUCUGUUUGCUCUACAAACAAAAUGGGAUUUUACCCUGUGUAGUGGAGUGCUCUUUGUCUUUCUCUUCAUACUUUUGAUCUUUGGAAUUCUUAUCAUUGUCAUACGAUCAUAUUGGCUGCAUCUGAUAUAUGCAGGACUUGGAACUGUGGUGUUUUCAUUUUACCUGGUGAUGGAUGUGCAGCUGAUGGUAGGUGGGCACCAUCAUUCUUACCUGAAUCCUGAAGAGUAUGUUUUUGCUGCUCUGAACAUCUACUUGGACAUCAUCAACCUUUUCCUUUUCAUUUUGCAACUGAUUGGGUUGGCACGGUAG